AUGGCAAUCAUCUCACUGGAAAGUGGGGUAUCGGCCCUGAAGAUAGAUGCACCACUCCCAAACGUCAGCGCUGAUGAGCAUGCAAAGGCAUGGCGUGGAAGUGCAUAUCAGUUUACCGACAAGAAUACCUGUUUCUACUGCGAGAACCCUGGCCAUGGUUCAAAUCAGUGCAAAUACCUCAAUCUGGCUGUCCGCAACUCAGACUGGCAUCCUGAUCCGAAACUCUGGGUUUACAAGGAAGGUGAAAGUAACGAAACGCUGGGAAAACACAGACGUGGCCCGCGCCGCAGCAAGAAAGGCAACACCGAUGACCGACCCCAGGUAAUCAAGACUAAGCCAUCCGAUAUUGUUGGCAACAAUAUUCAGGAUGCAUCAUUCUCAGUUUCGACUACGCCAUUCGAAAUCGUUGGCAACAGUGCCCAAGGUCCACCACUCACAGUCUCAAUCCGGCCUCCCAGAAUCGCUGGAAAUCUUGGCCACCAUACAUCUUUCUCCACCCAGGGAAGUUUGGGAUUCACGAAUGCCAUUUGGAACUUCAAUCUUGUUCCUUUGCCAACCAAAAUUGCCGCCACUUGGAACUUCCCCCGUCAUCGUUGGGCAAUCACCGUGGGCAACUACCGACACAUUGCCAACAGCAAAGACUGCUUCAUUGAUUAUCAUGAAUAA